AAAUGAUUAAACUUUUACCAGGUUGAAUGUAAAUGGCCAAAUGGGAUAGUGGCUCUUAUGAAAAUACCAUGAAACUGUUUAUGCAUCUUCUCAAUUCCAAUCUGCUUUUCUUUUCUAGAGACUUCAAACUUGUAAAACCAGCAGCAGCCAGUGACUGCACUUAUAUUUAGGUGAGGCGUACAUCUACCACUGUGGAAAAUAUUUCUCCACUUCUGUUUGCUUCGUUUGGAAACUACUCAGGAAAAGCCAUGGGCACAAGCAUUAGCACAAUAAAGAUGAUACAGAUCUCUUCUUGCUCCAUCUGCAAGGAACUGAUGUCUCACCCAGUGAGCAUCAACUGUGGACACAGCUAUUGCAAAUCCUGCAUACAGAGGGACUGUAACAAAGUCAGCUCAGAGACAGGACCGGGCUGUCCUUUGUGUGGGAGUCCAUUUAGUUUAGAGAACCUCCGGCCCAACAAGGAUCUGGAAAACAUAAUUGAUGUCAUCAAGGAGAUGGAAGAGGAGGGCAGUAAGAUGCUAUGUAAGGAUCAUUUAGAGAAGCUUGAUCUCUUUUGUGAAGAUGAGGGUCAGCUCCUCUGCUGGCGCUGUAAUUGGGAGGACAGGCACAAAGGUCAUGCCGUGGCUCUUGUGGGAGAUGUGUGCCAGGGCUACAAGGAAAAGCUCCAGGAAACUGUGAAAAAAUUGAGUGAACUCCAAGAAAACCACAGAGCUCAGCUAUGUCUCAUGACAAAACAAAUAAAGGCCUGGAAGGCUGCCAUAGAGGAUCAGAGGCAAAGAAUCCACUCUAACUUUGAGAAUCUCCGGCGUUUUCUACAUGAAGAAGAGAAGUCUUACCUUUGGAGGUUGGAGAAUGAAGGAGAGCAGGUGCUGAGGAGUCUGAAGGACGCUGAGGCCAAUCUACAGCAGAAGUAUGAGAAAACUGAAAGCCAAAUUCAGAAACUGGAGGCAAAAUGUGAGGGCCCAGCCCAGGAUAUACUACAGGAUGUGAAAAACACUUUGAGCAGGUUUGAGACUGUGAAGCUAGAACCAUGGAAGGCCGAACUCCCGAAGAUUCAGACUACAUGUAAUGUUUCUGAGCUUUACUUUGAUGUGAAGACAUUGUUAAGAUGCCACCAAGUCAGUGUGACUCUGGACCCAAGCACAGCCCAUCCUGACCUAACUCUGUCUAAAGAUCGAAGACAAGUGACUUACAAACGAUGCCACAAGAAUCUUGAGGCUUCUACCGAGAGAUUUUAUGUUUUACCCUGUGUCCUGGGCUGUAAGGACUUUACUUCAGGAAGAUACUACUUCGAAGUGUCUGUUGAGAAUGCAACCACUUGGGAUGUGGGAGUCUGUAUAAAGGAUGUGCCAAGGGACUUUGACAUGAAGAAGGAGCCUGAGUUUGGAUUCUGGACCAUCAAGAUGUGUAAAAAGGAUGGCCUUGGAGCUCUCACUUCUACCCCUACUUCCCUUCAUCUGAGUGAGAAGCCCCAGCUGGUGGGAGUUUUUCUAGACUAUGAGGCUGGGGUUGUAUCCUUUUACAAUGUGACCUCCGGCUCCCACAUCUUCACCUUCCCCAAGGCUUCCUUCCGGGAUACUCUGAGGCCCUUUUUCCAGGUUUAUGAACAUUCUCCUUUGUUCCUGCCUGCCAGAAAUGAUCAAGGGACGGGGUAAAGUCCUCACGGUGAAGGCAUCACAGAAAAUACAUAAAUCCCACAAGGCAGAAACUUGAAUGUUUUCCUUCACCACUGUCCCAAUGCUUUGGAUGAACCUUCAAUAAAUGUGCAUUGAUUUGAUUGUUGGAAA